CCCUCUUAUACGGACGGUGUCUCAAUUCGUCACAAUCAGGAAGUUUUGAAAGCUGAGAAAAGAUAGAAAGUGAUGGCGGACAUGUUAUAUGUUUUAACGCUCGCAUUUGCACUUCCUAUUGUGAACGUGGCCGACAAUUGUAAGACGCUUUCGUUGAUUGGCUUGACCUUUUCGGAAUACUGCAGUUAUGGAUGCUGUACUGACUAUGACCACGUCGGCUUUGAAAAGUGUUGUGACAGUAAUUAUGCUGUCGGCACCAUCGUCGGCAUAGUGGUCGGCUGUGUGAUUGUGGUCGGCAUAAUUAUCAGUGUCAUCGUCUGUUGUGUCUGCUGUACGUGGAACAUACGUGGGAUGCAAGGACAGACCGUCACUACGGUGGCUGGCGGGCCUUACGUCAUGAACCCGAUGCCACAUGGGGUCCAGAUGGGACAGUCACCUUACGGCAGCAGCCAUACCUAGCUCAGCCGUCCCUUCAAACCGAACAUAUGGCUCCGGGAACUACCGUUGUCAACAACCCGGGGAUGCAGGGGCCACCAUCUUAUGAAAAAGGCGUCGACAAUUAGGAAAAACAACAACUGUUAUUAAUGUUAAAGCAUUCCAAAUCGAUAAUUUGUUUUUCCUUUGAUGUUAACGACCAAUAAAGGUCGAUCUGUUGACCAAAGCUACCGUUUAUGACAUUGCGCGCAUCGCAUAUAUUGAAUAAUAAACACGCGUAUUUGUAUUCACCUCUCUUUUCACUUUUAUUAUAAUAUAUAUAUAUAUAUAUAUCAUGCUUUUUUGCAAUGGUUGAAUAAGUACAUAAGAGUAAUGUGCAAAAAAGACUUCCUAACUCUUAUCUUUAAAGACUCCAGAAGAAUUAGUUCUUAUUUCUCUAUUAUUUUAAGAUUUUUGAGUCAUGUACUGGUACACUUUAUCAACCAUGGUCAGAGUUCUUGGUCUUAUAAAUGUUUAAUGUUACAAUUCCAUCCCAAACUGUCAAAAGUGUAUCAGUUUUAUUGCGCCACGGACUCAUAAUGUUUUGUUAUUUACAUUCUAUAAUGAAACAUUAUUUAAAAAUUUGCAAACGUUUUCCGAGAGUCAACAAUGUUAAACAACAAUACCAUUAGCGUGUAACACGGAUGGAUCGUUCUAUUUUUUACUUAGAAUCAUUGAACUUUAAAAAAAAAUGAAAAACUCAUUAUACACAUUUGAAUAAUAAACUAAUAC